GACAAGUACUUACUCUCCGGCGUUCGGUGGUUGUGUGGCCCAAUCACUCUUCUGCUACUGAGUCGAUCUGGGUUCAAUUCCCAGCAGGGUUGACCAACACUUUUUUUUUGCCAGUGGAAAACAUGGUGGACAUUUCAGUUAGCCAGUGGAGUUCCAUUUCUGCCACUGCCACAAUACUUUCCAUCACUCCACACAUUAUUGUCCUUGAUUAUAAAUAGGGGCAGUGAAAAAUGGUGAAUGCGAAAUCGCGAAAUUUUUGUAAAACCCCUUUCAAUUAUCUGUACUGUAUCUAAAAGUGAACUUAACCUAUCCACAGCACACCUAUACACAUUUCGUUUUCGCGAAAUCUUAUUACCACCGCGAAAUAUACCGUCAAGGCGCGAAAUAUACCGUCAAGGCGCGAAAUUGGCUACUUGGUAACGAAAUUGCGAAAUGCCUAUCUAAUUUAAUUCGAAAAUACGUUAAAAUUAUUAGCAGUGCAUGAAAUAACUUCCGUACAUCGAUACAAUACUCGAUGUAGCGGACUGUACACAAAUGGGAACAGCUUUCCAGACAAAAGAAUAACAAAAAUCACGGAGGAAUGGUAUUGGUUGGAACAGAACUUUUUACGGGCGUGUAUACCAAACAGAACAGCCCGCGAGUUGUUACCUUUGUUGUCCCUGUUCACGGGAUGUAAAAAAAUUAAACGUGUUUGCCAACUGGUUGUUGUGCUACCGCAGAAUAUUAAAAAAAAUCGUAACAUAACCUAAUAUAACGUAACACAACCUAAAUGUAAAUUAUCUUGACUAACUCCUAAACAAACGUUUCGUUGUCAGUAAAAAUUGUGCAUAAACAUGCCAAAGGUUUUAAGUGUAUUUGAAAGGGCACGGGAGUAUGAAAGUGAAGGGUUUUAUGUGUUUGACAAACAUAAAAAAGUUAUGAUGUGCAAGUACUGCAAUGUAACAGUUGACUGGAAAAGGAAGGAUAGCUGCGAAAAACAUUGUAAACAAAGGUCUUCGCACAAAGUCAACAAGGAUAAUGGUGGCAACGGAGUGAAAAGACAGAUAACAAUUGUUGAAAAUGUGUCUAUGAACAAAAAACUCAAGGCCGAAAAAACUAAAUUAGCGAAAGACACAGUGCGGGCUUUCGUGCAAGCAAACAUCCCGCUUGAAAAACUGGACCAUCCAGGACUGCGAUCUUGGAUGAAUGAAUACAUUCCAGGGUCCGGUGACCUUCCACAUUCAUCUACCUUACGAAGCACUUACCUUGAAAGUUUGAAAGUUGAAGAGGAGGAGAAAAUAAAAGAACUGGUGAAAGGGCAAGACAUUGUUUUAUUGUGUGACGAAACAACCAACAAGAAAGGACAGUGUGUGUUCGUCGUUCUAUUUAAGAUUAUGUCAGCAAGCAGUGAACAAAAAUUGCUUGUAGCUGGGACAAAAGUUUUGAUGAAUGCAAAUUCGACAGAAUGCUCACGAGCAAUUGUUGAUAUAUUGGUGAAAUUUGAUGUGAAAUAUGAUAACGUAAUUUCUUUCACUUGCGACUCGGCGAAGUACAUGACAAAAUGUGUUGACCUUUUGCACGUUUUGGUAAGUGACAAACUGCUACAUAUCCAGUGCUGGGCACACAAGCUCUGCCUGGUUGGCAAUAUUUGGGUGGCACAGCUUUCUGAACUGAAUGAGUGUGUAAUGAAAACCAAAAUGUUUUUCUUGAAUUCAAGGAAAAGGAAACACCACUAUUUGCAGUUUCUGACGGUAUCGUCCAUUCACCCCAAAUUGUUCCCAUCUCCUGUUUUAACACGCUGGAAUUCGUGGUUCCGUGCUGUGGAGUACAUUGACACAUACUUACCCCAUCUUUUAGAAUACUUCAAGACAGAAGAUGCAGAAACUAGUGGAAGUUCAACAGAAUAUUACAUGCAGAUGUCUAUGGACAAAGUUGCUGUUUUGCAAUGUGAAGCAAGAUUUGUAGUUGAGCACUGUAAAUCAACUGUAGAAUUGCUUGAGAUUUUAGAGGGUUCGUCAUAUCCUUUUGCUCACAGGUUGCUAGGAAAACUUUGUGAUUUGAAAACCAGUUUCAAAUUGGCCAGUGAUAAUACUUUUCAUCCUGCAACAACACAGAUGCUGAACUCACAACUUUGCUUGAAAUCUGCUGUUAGGGCUACUCUUGUUUCAACAGGACAAAAGUCUCUAUUGAAGCUAUCAUCGUUGAUUGCCAGUGAUCCUGCCAAGGAUUUUGUAGAGAGUAUGAGUGCUUUAUUUGAUCCCAGAGAAAUUGCUUGUAAGGGGCUAGAGGUUGACGCUGUUGAGUUGCAGAACAAGAUUGAAAAACUUCCUUUCCUAUCCCAGGUGCCUUUUCGACUUGUUCUAGAAGGCUACACUCAGACUAAACAGGCAGUCUUAAAAUCAAUUUCUAAGAACGUCGAUAUUCUUACCAUCCUGCUGUCUUUAAAAUCAGAUUUCCCAGAGUAUGCAACCAAUGCUGUGAAGUGCCUGUGGAUCCCUGUUUCCAAUGUUGACAGUGAGAGGGCUUUUUCCAUGUACAGCAACAUCAUGUCCGACAAGCGAACAUCUUUGCGGGCUGAUAACAUUGAAGUUAUGUUGGGAAUGUGUUUUGGAGCUAGCCAUUGAAGUCAAGGAUUUUAAGUUUUUGUGUACUUGUGUUACUACCACAAUUCAGUAUUUUCACAUGUUCUCUAUUUCAUUUUUGUCAGAAACAAUGUAAACAGAUUAAGAAGUCCAUGUUAAGUUACUUAGUUUACUCUAAAAGUACUUUUGCAAAUUAUUCAAAAACAUUGUAGCAGAUUACUUCAAAAAAAAUCAAGAGGAUCCACAGUCACACUAUGCACGCCACAAACCUGUGUUACAAGUUUUGCAAAUUUUAUAACACAAUUUUUUAGAUAGACUUUGGCUUAUUUUAUACCUACUGAUAAUUGUAUUACAUUUGGUCAAAAAUAUUAAGAAAUUGUUUGAAAUGAUAUGAAACAAUUUUUUGGUAGGUGUACAGACACAUCUUUGUUUAAACUGUAUUUCGAUUUUUCCAUACAAAUGGAAUUAUUAUAAUUUUUCAAAAGUAGUUGAAAAACACUGCAACAUGGGCAACAUGGCCUUAAAACUGUAUACAAAAUUUGAGGAAACAGUAUGUGGGAAACCACAAAGCAGAGAUAUGACUAGAAGACUAUAUUCAUUAUAUUCUUUAUAAAUUGUAUUAUAAAUCUUAAAUGUGUAUUAUUAUGAAUGUCUUGUGUAAAAAAUUGUUAUAAUUGAAUCUCAUCGCUUAUGAAAUGAAUAAAAAUUAUUCUAAAUACAUUGAUUUUAUUCAACGAAAUUAUCUUAUAA